AUGCUAACAUUGUCGGCUACUCUGGAAGGUUUCCAGCCACCCCCAGGCUUGCCUGCGAGCAGAAAACAAGAAGCAUUCCUUUAUGGAGCCCUUGCUAUAAUUGCAAUAGGUAUAGGUGGUAUCAAGCCUUGUGUCAGCACCUUUGGGGCUGAUCAAUUCGAUGAGACUUAUGCUUCCGAGGCAGAGAAUAAGCACUCAUUUUUCAAUUGGUUUUACCUCAGCAUCAACGUAGGAGGCAUUCUAGGCAUUGGAGGUGUUGGCUAUGUAUCACAGAAAAAGGGUGUAGGGUGUGGUUUUGCAGUGUCAGCUGUUGUAAGUGCGGUAUCGUUGAUCAGCGUUAUAGCUAGAUAUCGGCGAUAUAGAUAUCAAAAGCAAAUGGGAAGUCCUUUAACUAGAUUUGCGCAAGUGAUUGUUGCAGCUUACAUAAAUCAUAGAAAGGAGGUAAUCGGAUAUUUUAUUGCUCCCAAAUUGAACCACACCCAACAAUAUCGAUUCUUGGAUAAGGCAGCUAUAGUAGUGUCAUCAGGAGAGAUGAACCCUAGCAUGUCAUCAGGAGAGAUGAACCCUAGCAGUAAUAGAUGGAGGCUCUGCACUGUAACUCAAGUGGAAGAAUUCAAAUGCGUCAUUCGUCUAAUACCUAUAUUUAUCACCACGAUAGCCCUGUCCGUCUCCUACUCCCAAGUCUCAACCUUCUUCAUGUCACAAUCCACAAUCAUGAAUCGUAACAUAGGGGAAAAAAUUGUUCCUCCUGGAAUGGUUGUCCUCUUCAUUUCCCUCAACCCUUUUAUCAUCAUCCCCAUUUAUGUGUGCAUAAUUGUUCCCUUUCUAAAGGCUUUUGCUUAUGUUGGUCAGCUUGAGUUCUUCUAUGACCAGUCGUCACAAGGAACAAGGAGCAUUACCUCUGCACUCUUUUUGAGCCAGUCUGCUGUCGCACAUUUCCUGAGUGGUUGCAUUGUGAAAGGUAUAAAUAGAUUAACAGGAGGGGCAAAGGAAGCUGUCGCACAUUUCCUGAGUGGUUGCAUUGUGAAAGGUAUAAAUAGAUUAACAGGAGGGGCAAAGGAAGGUUGGCUAAGAAAUGAUUUGAACAAGAGCAGAUUGGAUUAUUUCUACUGGAUUUUGUGUGCUAUUAAUGCCGUGAACCUUGUCUUCUAUUUGUGGGCUGCUUAUGUUUACAAAGGGAAAAAUGAUGGCGCUAGUGGAAAGGACCUUGAAGAAGAUGCAAUUUGGGAUGAAGAGGUGGGUUGUAGCGGACAGAUAUUGAAAAAUUAA